UACGUAGUUAUAACUUAAUAAAUAUCUCAGAAUGGUCCGCGUGAAGAAGCUUGGAAACUGCAUGGACUACCCAACUGUCGCUAAGCCCGCAAAGAAGCUGCACCAGAGCUGUUUUAAGAGCCAUGCCAGGAAGCUGAGGAGCUCCAUCACUCCCGGAGUUGUUGCCAUCAUCCUCGCUGGAGUUCACAAGGGCAAGCACGUCGUAGUGCUGAAGCAGCUGGAGACUGGUCUUCUCCUGAUCACCGGGCCCAUGACACUGAACGGUUGCCCAAUGAGAAGGAUUAACCAGAAGUUCAUCAUUGCUACCAAGACCAAGAUCGACGUCUCCUCCGUCAAGGUCCCCGAGAGCAUCAACGACGCUUACUUUGCCCGCGUGAAGGCUGAGAACAAGGCUAAGAAGGAAGGAGAUAUCUUCGAGAAGAAGAAGGUUGAGUAUGCUCCUUCUGAGCAGAGGAAGAAGGACCAGGCUGAGGUUGACAAGCAGGUGAUGGAUGCUAUCAAGAAGGAGAAGGAAGGAGCUGCCCUGAAGCAGUACAUGAGAUCUACCUUCGGUUUGUCCAAGGGCCAGUUCCCCCACAAGCUUGUCUUCUAAACCAUAUUCAUGUUCUAGGGGUUUCUAACCAACCAUCUUGUUGCAGA